AUGGAUGAGCAGCUUAAACACUUCAGUCAUGAGCAUCCCUUGAUGUACAAGGAAGAGUCGCCACCGAAAAAUGAAGCAUCGGGUGAACCAGUUUCAUGCUCCGCCUGUGGCGAGCCAGUGCUUGGUCCUAACUACAGUUGUAAUCAAUGUUCCGACGAAUUCAUCAUCCUCCACAAGCCAUGCGCUCAGCUAGGCAGAGAGAUCCAGCACCCGAUGCACAAUCACCCACUUACUAUUCUCACAAGGGACGCCAGACAAUAUGAAGAGUUUUUGUGUGAUAUUUGUCAUGCACUAUCCUACGGAAAAUCUUACUCUUGUUCCAAAUGUGGAUUUAAUCUUGACCUGAAAUGUGCUGCCGGUUUGACCAACAUAGUUUGUAUAGAACACUUCAGCCACCAGCAUUUACUGCGUUUCAUUGAAAAUCCAUCUCAGGCUAAGCGUGGUUCACCAGCUCUCUGCAUUGGGUGUCUAGAGCCGGUGCUUGGUCCUAGUUACUAUUGUGAUCGGGCAAUGACAUAUUCAACAUGCUCCGUUUUCCUGCAUAAAUCAUGUGCAGAGUUACCUCUUGAGAUCCAACACCCAAUGCACCGCCAACACUCGCUUAUUCUCAACCUGAAUCGAGCAAGAGAUCAUCAAUGUGAUGCCUGUGACAAAGACUGUGGCCGCAGAUUCAAUUACAGUUGUUUCCAAUGUGGUUUCAACCUCGACCUCAGAUGUGCUUCCGAAGAAGGCUACAAACAUUUCAGUCAUCAGCAUCCAUUAAUGUUCAAGAAGGGGGGAGGAAACGAUAAGAGGAAAGGAUAUACUGUUCCUCUAGUUGUUUGCGAUGGGUGUCACGACCCAAUACUUGGCCCUCGUUACACUUGCAUCAAUAGGUACCGACGUCGCAGAUGCAGCUUCAAUCUCCACAAGUCAUGUGCAGACUUACCCGGUGAGAUCCAGCACCCACUGCACCGUCAACAUUCACUUUUUCUUCUCAAUACAAUUCAAGAUAUCAGAAUUCGCUGCUUGUGUAAUGCAUGCAACAAGGUUUGCCGAUACCGCUACAAUUGUUCUGUAUGUGAUUUCAACCUUCACCUGAAAUGUGCCUCCAAAUGGCAAAACAUCCUUGAUGACUCUCACCAGCAUCAGUACAUUGUCCCACCCAUGGAAAUGAUCGACCUCCAAAUCAAUUGUCACAUUUGUGGUGACUACUGGACUGGCAGCAGAGUCUUUUACACCUGUAGCAUCUGCCAGCUCUUGGUCCAUGAGGAAUGUGCUUCAUUACCAAGCGACACCAAAAUUCCCGGGCACCAACACCGCCUCAAGCUAACCUGGUUCCUUCAAGAAAUUUACCCCAAGGAAGAAUUUUGUAAAAUCUGCUCUACAAAUAUUGGCAAGUCUCCUACCGUAUAUUAUUGCCAGGAAUGUUGCGAAUAUGUUGCCCACCCUACAUGCAUCACAGUUGAGUACUUCCAGAAAGAAGAAAACCAAGGCAGAAGCCUUGGUCCUAUUAAAAAAAAAGACAGAAGCCUUGACAUUAAUCACAUUACUGAAGGUGAUGAUUACGAGUCUGAUGAUGCUGAGGAGAUCAGACACUUCAGUCAUCAACAUCUUUUAGUCUCUAAAGAUUAUCAUCACGAGGUUAAGGAUGACAGGCUACUUACUUGUCAGGGUUGUGUUCGACCCAUCACUGAAGACUUCUACAGCUGCACUAAACAAGAAGAAGAGUCUUGCCAGUUCUAUCUACACAAAAUAUGUGCUCGGUUACCGGAAAAGAUGCUUCUCCCUUUGCUUCACCAACACCAGUUUACACUCCACUCCCAGGCUCCUUCUAUUGACGGCGUGUUUCAGUGUUCUAUGUGUGGUAUCUUUCACCAUGGAUUUGUCUACAGUUGUGAUAAAUGUGCUUUGCAAACUGGCGGAAACCUUCUCCUCGACAGUGAGUGCAUUAUGUAUUGGGAGAACAGGGAUCUUAAACAUGAGUCUCAUGCUCACCGCCUCCUCCUCGACAUGAAUUGGGAGGAGGACAUCUGUUGCAGGGGUUGCGGUUCCAAAAUAUUUUUCUGCUUCAGUUGUAAGAGAUGCAAUUUUCAUCUUUGCAUAGCCUGUGUUAGAUUACCUCUUACUGGUACGCAUCGAUACGACAAGCAUGUUCUAAAGCUCACCUAUGCUAGUAGAAUUGAAGACGAAGUUGUAGGUUACUACUGUGAGAUAUGUGAAGGGAAAAGGGAUCCAGCACAUUGGUUCUACUGGUGCAAAGAUUGCAACUUUGACUGUCAUCCUCAUUGCAUCAUAGGGAGGUAUCCCCGAGUUAAGUUGGGGAGCACUUACAAGCACAACGAUCAUGUCCAACACCAAGUCACUCUUGUUAGCAAGUGGAAGAGCCCCAUUCGGGGCGAUAAGAGGGACAACAUUCUUCCUUGUGAGAGGUAUGUCUUGCGUUUCAAUGAGGAAGAUGAGCGAAAUCAGGUGGUGGAGGGUGGUCCAUGGUUUCACGGUAAAACCAUGUUUGCCCUAGCCUAUGAUGGUCGCACUGCUGCUGCAGAGGUUCCGAUCCGGUCUAUUCCGGUUUGGGUGGAGGUCUUCAGUCUUCCGCCAAUUCUGACGACGACCAAGGAAACCUUGUACAUGGUUUGUGCUACGCUUGGAAAGAGUGUUCACCAUGAUAACCAUAAUUUGCUGUCCGGUGCGCGUGCUAGGGUUCGGAUCGAGCACGGCCUCGACUCUCCGGUGAAACAAGCAUACCCCCGAUGCGGUUUGAUUUCGGCGAAGGUAAAGAUCUGA